AUGCCAAAAUUAUCAAAACAAAAACGUCAUAUGAAGUACAUGACAUCUCAAAAAGAGGAAAUCUUUAAUAAUAUUCGUGAAAUGCCAGAACUACAAAUGAAAAAUGCGUUAAAUCUAAUUGAAUCAAUGCGAAAUCCAAAAGGAAAGCAUAAAAAUGAAAUUAUUUCAGUCUAG